AUGGGUUCGCACGGCGUGCCUGUGACUCGGAGCGUGGGCCUCCUGCUCGCUGCACUGGCUGCUCUCAUGCUCUCCGGUAUGCUCUCGUUGUCUGCUAUGCUAUCAGGUUUUCCCACUUCCCCCGUUUCCCCUUUCCCUCUCCCCCCCCUUUUUUUCAACAAUACCGUUCGCCUGACACAGCAACACCAGCUGACGUCAUCCACCUCCUCCCCAGGAGCCCUCCCCUCCUUCCUUUCUCAUCCCGUUCUUCCUCGGUUCUUCCCCUUCCCCACCCCUUCCCCCCCACCCCGCCUUCCCCCAUCCCUCUCCCCCAUGCGCGCUCAGCCUCGCAACUGUGGCGCCAAUGCAGUGUGCGUGAAGGACAGGGGCAGCGCCACCUGCGUCUCCAACGUUGGAUUCUCCAUGACGCCCACUGGCUGUGUUGACGCUUGUGUGUUCAAGAGGUGUGGGAGUAACGCCAAGUGCGUGAAGAGCGCUGUAGGAGUGGCGUCUUGUGUGUGUGACACUGGCUUCGUGCUGCAACCUGAUGGCGUCACUUGCACUGCCAUUCUUUAUUGCCCCUCUAUUGGCUCAAACACUCUCUCGUGCCCUCCCUUCCCUCUCUCCACUCGCCCAGACACAUGUGCGCUGAAGAAGUGUGGCGUCAACGGCAAGUGCAUCAAGGACAGUGCUGGAGUGGCGUCCUGUGUGUGCAACGUUGCCUUUGCUCUGCAGCCCGACGGUUCCACAUGCACUGAUACGUGCGUCAUCAAGAACUGUGGUGCCAAUGCUGCUUGUGUGAAGGACGCUCAAGGCGUUGCAUCCUGUGUUUGCAGAACGGGCUUCCAGGUGGUGAAAGGCCUUUGCAUUGGUACGCAUCAUCUUUCCAGUCAGCCUUUCAAUAAUGUCAUUCUGCUCCGCUAUGCUAGCCCUCGAUCGUCGCUGCUCACCCCACCCGCGCUUGGCCUCUUUCCCCUCAACCCUCCCCAUACCCCUUGUCUGGGCGUCUCUACUCACAUCCCUCUUCCUUACUCUCUCCUUCCUUGUUCACGUCCCUUCUAUACCGUCCUCACCCAAAUCAUCUACAACUGUGUGAUGCAGAACUGUGGUGCCAAUGGCCGGUGCAUCAAGGACGAGACUGGAGCGGCGUCCUGUGUGUGUGACACUGGCUUCGUGCUGCAGCCGGAUGGCAGGAUGUGCACCGACACAUGUGCGCUCAAGAAGUGUGGCAUUAACGGCAAGUGCAUCAAGGACAGUGCUGGAGUGGCGUCCUGCGUGUGCGACGCUAGCUUUGUUCUUCAGGUCGACGGUUCCACAUGCACUGUUUCCGCUCUUUACCCUUUUCCCUCGCUUGGCCCCUUUCCCCUCAACCCUCCCAAUACUCUUUUCGUGCACGUCCGUACUCACACUUCUGCUCACUUCUCUCUUCCUGUUCACAUCCCUUCAAUACCAUCCUCGCCCAUUUCCUCCACUCCUCACUCCUCCCCUCUCCCAUCCCUCCUCUGCCCAGACACCUGCGUCAUCAAGAACUGUGUGAGGGGCUGGUGCAUCAAGGACGGAUCUGGAGCGGCGUCCUGUGAAUGUAGCACUGGCUACGUGCUGCAGGCGGAUGGCAGGACGUGCAAAGACACCUGCGACAUCAAGGACUGUGUGAAUGGUGGGUGCAUGAAGGACGAACUCGGAGUGGCGUCCUGCGUGUGUCAAGAUGGCUUUGCGCUGCAGGCGGAUGGCAGGACGUGCACUCAUUCGUGUUCCCUCGAUCCCUCAUCUCCCUUUUCCCUCCCCCCCGGCCCCCCCUUUUUCCCCCCCGCAAAUGUCUGUGUGAUCGAGAACUGUGGUCUCAACGGCCGGUGUGUUCGUGCUGGUAACGCGGCUACCUGUGUCUGUGACCCUGGCUACGUGCUGCAGGCGGAUGGCAGGACAUGUAAAGACACCUGCGAGAUCCAGAAGUGUGGUGGGAACGGCACGUGCAGCAAGGACAAAAUCACAGGAGCGGCGUCGUGUGUGUGUAACCCUGGCUUUGUGCUACAGGCGGAUGGCAGGACGUGCAAAGACGUCUGUGAGAUCCAGAGCUGUGGUGCCAACGGCCAGUGUCGUGCUGGUGAUAACAGCGCCACCUGCCAGUGUGACCAGGGAUACGAGCUACAGCAGGAUGGCAAGACGUGCCUUCCCACCCCACCUCCACCUGCUGCAGUCGGUGGGUGA